AUGCUGCCUCUCACGCUCCUUACAACACUCGUUUACAUCCUCGCCACGGCCACGCCGGCCGACGCGUGGCGGCCCCAGUUCUUGGACCCACGGACCCCGCCGCCCGUAGCUGUCGUCCGCGGCGCGCGUGCCCGCCCCACUCCCCAAGUCCCCGCCGCACCGCGCGAUGUACACAGUGGUUGGGGCAAGCGUGUCCACAACAAGAACAAGAACGGCCGCCAGGUGACCAGUGCGUCCGCUGUGACGACUCCAGACUCGGGCAGUGGGUCGAAUACUGGUGGCAACUCGAACUCGGGUGGCAAUUCAAACUCGGGCGGCAACUCGAACGGGGGUGGCAGCUCGAACUCUGGUGGCAGUUCGAACUCUGGCGGCCAGAACAGUUCUGGCAACUCUGGCAACUCUGGCAACUCAGGAUCAGGAUCAGGAGGCAGCAAACACAGUUCUCUGGUCCAACCUACUACAUCUGCCACGCCUACCACCCACCGCGUUUCGGUCGGUCCCGUUGUUACCAGCAGCCCGCCAACGACGUCUGUGGACCAGAAUGGCGCGGUGUCCCCGGCCUUGCCCGACCCCCCUUCGUCCAGCUCGCCAAUUGUGACCACGUCAAACCCGGCCAGUAGCAAUGUCGUUGCGAGCUCUACUUCAUCGUCGUCGCCGCCAGACUCGUCCUCUGCGCAGCCCUCCGACGCCUCGUCGUCGCCGGGGUCCACCACUGAUGUGCCGACGACCAGUGGUUCGUCGGCGGAACCAGCUAGCAGCAGUUCCCCGUCAAGCAAUGAGCCUUCGUCCGUGGCUCCCACUCAGGAGCCAACGGGCUCGCCCACGACCGAGGUCAUCAGCUCGGAACCCGUGAGCACCGACUCUCCUACCAGUACCCUAUCGGCAAACAGCCCUACUUCCACAGAGGGACCUACGAGCGACGUUCGGUCGUCGACAGAGGUACCCAGUACCUCCGAUGUGGCGCAGACGUCGAGCUCCACGAGCGACAUGGGGUCAAGCUCUGUUCGGGAGCCAACCAGUACCGAACCAGCUACGAGCGAGACCGUUUCAAGCACCACCCAGGAGCCUACAAGCACCGAACCAGCCACGACCGAGACUGUGUUGAGCGCAACUGAGGAACCCACCAGCACUCAACCAGCCACGACCGAGCCUGCGUCGAGCACCACCCAGGAGCCAACCACCACCGAACCUGUCACCAGCGAGCCUGCGUCAAGCACCGUCCAGGAGUCAACCACCACCGAGCCGACGACCAGUGCCUCGCCAUCCGAGCCGAGCACCUCGGAAGUGCUGAGCACUACAGCCUCUGAGACAGAAUCAACGACGACAGUCGACCCCACAUCCACUGCGUCUGUUAGCGAGCCUGCUACCGCUGAGGAGCCCACCUCUACCAGCGUCUCAACGGAAGAGCCUGCGUCGACUGCCUCCCAGACAGAGCAGGUCAGCACUGAAGAGCCUACCGCCACUAUCUCCCAGACUGAGUCUGUCACGAGCCAAGAGCCAACCUCAACGGUCUCCCAGACUGAGCCUGUCUCCACUGAGGAGCCCACCUCCACGGUCUCCCAGAGUGAUUCUAUCACAUCCGAAGAGCCUACCUCGACUGUGGGGUCCGAGCCCUCGUCAACUGUAUCGCAGACUGAGUCUCUCACGACUGAAGAGCCAACCUCGACUGCCACGCAGACAGAGACGGCCACAAGCGAGGAACCAACGUCGACGGUCUCCCAGAGCCAGUCCAUCACGACCGAAGAGCCCACAUCGACUGUCCAGACCGAGACUGCUUUGACGAGCGACGAGCCCACCUCUACUGUUGUCUCAACCGCAGAACCCACCUCUACCAUCGUCUCAACUGAGGAGCCCACCUCUACCGGUGUCUCGACGGAGGAACCCACAUCGACUGCCUCUCCGACCGAGUCCAUCACAACUGAGGAGCCUGCCUCGACUGUCCAGACCGAGUACACGAGCGAGGGCCCCACCUCUACAGUUGCCUCAACUGAGGAACCCACAUCGACGGUUUCGCAGACUGAGACUAUCACCACUCAGGAGCCUACCUCGACGACUGACGAGCCCACGUCGACUACCUCGCAGACUGAGUCCAUCACAACUGAGGAGCCGACCUCCACUGUGGCCACUGAAGAGCCUACAUCUACCAUGGAGCCGACCUCAGCUGCGACUGAAGAGCCAACCUCGACUCUCGCCACUGAAGAACCGACAUCGACAACUCAGGAGCCUACAACGGCCACUGAAGAGCCUACAUCGACUGCCUCGCAGACUGACUCUAUCACGACUGAGGAGCCAACCUCGACUGUCAUCACUGGGGAGCCAACCUCGACUGUCAUCACUGAGGAGCCUACCUCGACAACUGAGGAGCCCACGUCGACAACUGAGGAGCCCACAUCAACCUUCACCACUGAGGAGCUAACCUCGACUUUCAGCACGGAGGAACCUACAUCGACCUUCAUCUCUGAGGAGCCUACAUCGACCACUGAGGAGCCUACAUCGACAACUGCUGAGCCGACGUCAACGACUGAAGAGCCCACAUCGACCUUGACCACAGAGGAGCCCACGUCUACAACUGAGGAGCCUACCUCGACCAUGGAGCCUACAGCGACGACUGGGGAGCCUACAUCAACAACUGAGGAGCCUACAUCGACUACUGAGUCUAUUACAACUGAGGAACCCACAUCAACUUUCACCACUGAGGAACCCACAUCGACUUUCACCACCGAGGAACCCACAUCGACUUUCACCACUGAGGAACCCACGUCGACUUUCACGACUGAGGAGCCCACAUCGACUUUCACCACUGAGGAGCCUACGUCCACCACUGAAGAGCCUACAUCGACGAGCUCGGCGGCCCCAUCAGAGUCGACGGGUGUCGACGACGAUGGCGAGUGGGACUGUCCCGGCGACGAGGACUGGACUGCGGCAGCCACGAGCUCGGCAGCGGCCAGUGUCUCGAGCGCGGGCACUAGCACGAGCACCGCGAGCGCCGUCGCCUCGUCUGCAUGA